AUGAGGGCGGCGCGAAGCAAGAGCAUGGAUAUGGAAGAAGAAGCCAAUGAUCAGCAUACAAUAGACAUGUGGAAGAUAAUUGACAGAGAGAGGUUGGGUUCGAUGGAGCUCAAGAUUUCGGAGAAUCCCAAGUUGCUAAGCAAAUCUGCGGGGAAGGGAUUGUGUUGCAUCCUCAGGGUUCCACGGAGCCUAAUCGAGGCAAACGGAAAAGCCUACCAACCUCGUAUCGUGUCGAUAGGACCAUACCACCGUGCCCAACCUCGUCUCAGCAUGAUCGAGGAACACAAGUGGUGUUACCUCGGUUCCCUUCUCAACAGAACAAAAACCAAAGGUUUGGGCUUAGAGGAUUUAUUCAAGGCCAUUGUCCCUUUAGAAUACGAAGCCAGAGAGUGCUAUUCAGAAACCAUCAACCUUGACUCUCACGACUUCAUCCAAAUGAUGAUCCUCGACGGGUGUUUCAUCGUUGAGCUCUUUCGCAAAGUCGCUGAAUUGGUACCCUUUGAACGCGACGACCCUCUUGUUAACAUGGCCUGGAUAUUACCCUUCUUUUACCGGGAUUUUCUCAAGCUUGAAAACCAAAUCCCGUUCUUCGUUCUGAACCAGUUAUUCGAAGUUACAAAACUACCCGGAGAAAAGUCAACGUGGACUCUUUCAACUCUCGCCAUGAUAUUUUUCAACAACUCGUUGCAAAGACCAGAUGACGUUGUCGUCUCGGCCAACCAAAGGCAGGUGAAAGAAAAACACUUACUCGACUUGGUUCGUACCAGUUUCAUUCCGAACCUCGAAGAAACUGCAGAGCCUAGAAAAAGAGUUACCACGCCGACCCACGUGAUCCACUGCGUCUCAAAGCUUCGUAGAGCCGGGAUUAAGAUCAAUCCCGGCAUGGAAAGCGACAGCUUCCUGCACGUGAGAUUCAGGCGCGGCGUGAUUGAAAUGCCAACACUUACAAUGGACGAUUUCAUGAGUUGUUUUUUGCUGAACUGCGUGGCAUUUGAACAGUGCUACAGUGGCUGCUCCAAGCACUUCACAACGUACGUUACUCUCUUGGACUGUCUCGUGAACACUUACAGGGACGUUGAGUAUUUGUGUGAACGGAACGUGGUUGAGAACCACUUUGGGACUGAAGGUGAAGUUGCCAGCUUCAUCAACAACGCGGGAAAAGAUGUGGCGGUUGAUUUGGAUUUGAGUUAUUUGUCCAAGUUGUUCAAUGAUGUUCAUAAAUAUUACAGAAAUAGUUGGCAUGUCCAUUGGGCUAGCUUCAAGUACACUUACUUUGAUACGCCAUGGUCGUUUAUCUCUCUUCUCGCGGCGUCCAUAUUGCUUCUUCUUACGGUGGCUCAGACCUACUUUGCGGCUUCUCAGUAUUUUGAUGACUCCAAAAAAUCUUGA